AUGAAGAAUAACUAUAAUUGCGACACAAACUUGAUUGCCGACGGCGACACUACAACAAAAGGAAGACCUAUUGACUGUAAUGAUAUUCCUGACACAUGUCCAAGUGGUGUAUAUAAGGUGUUUCCAAAUCAAACUGAGGGAGUUGAUGUUUAUUGUGAAAUGAAUUCUGACGAAGGACACUGGACGGUUUUUCAAAGAAGAGAAAACGGCUACGUUGACUUUUACCGCGGAUGGAAUGAGUUCAAAGCAGGAUUUGGGAACCCGAAUCAUGAGUUUUGGCUGGGCAACGAGAAUUUGCACUCUCUAACAUCGCAAAACAACUAUGAAAUGAGGAUCGAAUUAAUCGAUUUCGACGGAAACACUGCAUUUGCAAAAUAUAAAGAGUUUGCAAUUGGGGAUGAACAUUCAAAGUUUAAACUAACCGCUAAUGAUUACCAUGGUACUGCAGGUAACAGCUUGGAGCACAACAACGGCCAUCGUUUCUCAACGAAGGAUAGCGAUAACGAUAACUACCCGGCUAGUAACUGUGCUACAAUGUAUCUCGGAGCCUGGUGGUUCAAUCGCUGUUCAGCAUCUGAUCUGAAUGGUCAGUAUUUUUUGAUGAUACCAGACGCCGUGCAUCGAGGCAUUUACUGGCGUUUUUGGAAAGGAAUAAACUAUUCUUUGAAAGGAUCAUUGAUGAUGAUGCGUAGAGUGUCAAACUAG